AUACACACAAGGUAUACAUGUUUUUAAAAGAGAGAUUUCGUGGCAUUUAAUUAACUUUAAAAGAGUUUUCAUAUCUAAAAAGUGUAAAACCUGAAAUAAACCGUUGGAAACAAAAAAGACUAGAGAACAAAUGCUCUGCUUGAAUACCUAUUUGGAGGUGAUUGUACGUACAUAAAUGUGUAAAAAAGAUACAGCAGAUGCAGGAAUAACUCCCCAAUUAGCCCUAGGGCUUACAAGCUAAUUCGAACAUUUAAAUUAAUUGAAUCUUUCCUUACAAAAUUGGACACCCGAUCAAAGAGGAGUGCCACAUAUAAAAUUAACAGAUUUAAACUAAGAAAUGAACGACGUGAAUCAACAAAAAAAUUACCCUAAAAAAAGGGCCAACAUUAAAAAAACAAAAUCAACAACCACAAAAAUAAAACAAAAACUUACACUCUGUCUUGCCCUUUUUUAUCCCCAACAAAAGCAUCCCACAUUUGUUCUUCUGCAAUAUCACUUCUAUUUCUCCCUCCUUUCACAAGGAAGGGCGUAGAAGAAUCCACCAUAAUAGUUCUAUAACCAGAAAAAAAAAUUAAAAUUUCAUCAUCAAACAAAACAAAGAAAACCAAAUGGGUAUUAAGUUCUUGUUGAUUCUUGGCCUCUUGGCCCUGGCCGUAGUCGCCGAGUCUGCCAAUGCCACAUGGACCCUGACCAAAUCCUGUGUCAAUGGCCAAGGUUGCAUUGGAGAGGAUGGUGAGCUUGACUACUUGAUGGAUUCUGAGACCAACCGGCGCCAACUAGCCGCGAGGCGCAGCUACAUCAGUUACGGUGCUCUCAGGAAGAACAAUGUGCCGUGCAGCCGACGUGGCCGGUCUUACUAUGAUUGCAAGAAGAGGAAAAGGGCUAACCCUUACAGGCGUGGCUGCAGCGUAAUCACACAUUGCUACAGGCAAACUUCUUAAUUUCGAGAAGCAUUUAUACAAACAAUAUGAUUGAAGAAGCGAGAGGGCAAAUAAUGCAAAAAAGUUGAAUACAAACAAAAUAUAUACCAGUUCUUCUACGUAUUAUGGUUCUUGAUAUUGCCCCCCUUUUUUCCUCUUAACUAUCUUUAAUCAUCUUUUUCAUUUAUUUUUAUGAUCAUGAUGCAUAUAUACGCUCAUUUCAUCUGUUCUUCUUCUUUUAUAUUUGUGCAGAAAUUGUUGUAUUUCGUUUGUGUCUAUUAUUAAGUAUUGUUUCCAUACCUUGUGCUAUGUGUUAAAUAUUAAACUUUGUAUGUAUCAAGAAAAUUUGUUCAGAACUUGAAAGGAAAAAGAAUUUGGAAUUAAUUGUUGACGACGUUUGCAUUGUA